AUACGUUUGAAAAUAACAACAUAUUUUAAAUAGUAAUAUUUGUAGGUAUCAAUUUUCAUCAGAAGCAUAAGCAAGUGUAUCACAAUCGCAAUGCUGUCUUCAAAAAAUAAAUAGCCUAGUCCUAAGGGCGGYGGGCCCGUACUCCAUAGCCUCAUCCUCUUAAUCCGCCACCGUAAAAGUCAUGGACUAUAUGAAAAUAUAGCUUGUGUAUGAUUUAUGUAUAAACUAUAUUUAACCAUGGGUUGGAAUAUUUACAAACUAUUGUGUUGCUGUGGGAGUUCUAAUGAAUCAACUAGAGUAGAUUUGGCAAUUGUCCGAGAACAACAAGCUGCAGCUGCUGAAAAACGUUUAAGAGAACAGGAAAGCCGAGGUAUUAAGAAUCCAGAUCGUGUCAAACGCAUGCAACGAGAACAACAAAAACGUGAUGAAGAAGCUAAUAGAAGUGCUAAUAUGGGGACGAGUGCUGGAUUAAAGUGGCAAGUCAGUUAAUUAUUCAAAUUAUUGAAGUUUAUGC